AUGGAGUUGUCCACCACCAGUGACCGUUUGACAUCAGUGUGUGGACAGGUGCCGCCGCUGGAGUGCGCGUCAGGCGCCAGCUCCGCGGAGUGCUCGUCCAGCGAGGACAGCGUGGCCGGCCCCUACGCCAGCGAGCACAGCGAGCCUUACGCCUCCCGACCUGAUGAGGGGUACGAGGCUGAUGUAGAGGUGGGCAAGCUGGACGUCCCUCCUCUGUACAACAGGGCACGGAAACUGUCCGGAUCCAUGGCAACUAUACCUUCAGGCAUCUCGUCUCCAGCGGGCGAGCUGAGCGCAGAAUGCGGCGAGUACAUGAAGAGCGGCGAGCUGGCGCACCCCGAGCUGUGUGUCAUCGUCGUCGACAUACUCACCCAGCUCAUACACAAACUGGUGCAGAGCCGUCAGUCGGAGUCGUGUGAUGAAGAGGCGUGGCGCGCGGGCGUGGGCGUGGCGCGCGCGUGGUGCGGGCGCGUGGGCGCCGCCCUGGCCCGCGCGCGGCCCGCGCACCCCGCCCUGCUGCAGCGCCUGCUGGCGCCCGCACCCGCACAGCUGCUCGCCACCACCGACCCGCGCCUCGAAGACUUGCAGCGCAGCAUCCUGGAGCUGAUCCACGUGCUGGCGUCCCAGAGCAUAGAGCCGGCGGAGCUGGCCGCCUUCCUCAAGCUGUUCACGGCGGAGCGCCCUCCGCUCACGCUACUGCUGGGAGCCCUGCACCGCCUCGUCUCCACCGCUACAUACAACACACCCGACUGUAUACUCACCUUCCCCGUCGAUAGUGACAAUACGGAUGGUAUACAGUCUUUAGCAGAGGAGCUCAACUACCUGGUGGUGAACAGCACCACAUCACAAAGCCACCACGCAGAAAACUGCGCCAAGCGGUUCCACGAGUCACAUAUUAGAGCUGGCGUGUCAUCUCCCUGGUCGUGCCACGCGGUGCGGUGCGGCGUGGAGGGCGCGGGCUGGGCGCCCUGGCUGGCCGGGUUCGCGCUCACUGUCUGGCUGCAUGCACAGCUGCAUCACACCGCCUCCACCGAGGUGUUGGAGGAGUUCACGGACGAAGGGUCUGAAACAGAGACUAGCAAGAAGUCCCCGCGCAAGGAGGCGAGCAGUCAGCCCGCGCCGCUGUCGCACGUACUGUCCGUCGGACACGAGUCGCUCAUGCUCGAGGUCUGGCUCGAUACUGGCACAGGGUCGUUUACAUUCCGGCUGUCGCGGCCGGAGCCGAGCUCGAACCGCGUGGUGUCGGAGGCGCGCGUGGCGGCCGCCAUGCCGCCCCGCCACUGGACCUGCGUGGCGCUCAAUGUCAAGGAACUCGUCUACAAGAGGCACAUCUACAUACAGGUGACGCUGUAUGUGAAUGGAUACGAGUGCGAGACAGUAUCCCUUCCGGUGCAGGGUAUCCUGGUGCGUAAGGUGACGCCAACGUGCGUCCUGCUGGGGCACGCGGCGCGCGGCGCGGCCGGCGCGGGCGCAUACCACCUGGCGGGGCUGCGCCUCUACCGCGCGCCGCUGCUGUCCGCAUACACCGCGCUGCAUCUCACGGCGCACGGACCCGACCACUGCUGCCAGGUACUCACAUCAUUCAUACCUACCACCUGGCGGGGCUGCGCCUCUACCGCGCGCCGCUGCUGUCCGCAUACACCGCGCUGCAUCUCACGGCGCACGGACCCGACCACUGCUGCCAGGUACUCACAUCAUUCAUACCUACCACCUGGCGGGGCUGCGCCUCUACCGCGCGCCGCUGCUGUCCGCAUACACCGCGCUGCAUCUCACGGCGCACGGACCCGACCACUGCUGCCAGGUACUCACAUCAUUCAUACCUACCACCUGGCGGGGCUGCGCCUCUACCGCGCGCCGCUGCUGUCCGCAUACACCGCGCUGCAUCUCACGGCGCACGGACCCGACCACUGCUGCCAGGUACUCACAUCAUUCAUACCUACCACCUGGCGGGGCUGCGCCUCUACCGCGCGCCGCUGCUGUCCGCAUACACCGCGCUGCAUCUCACGGCGCACGGACCCGACCACUGCUGCCAGGUACUCACAUCAUUCAUACCUACCACCUGGCGGGGCUGCGCCUCUACCGCGCGCCGCUGCUGUCCGCAUACACCGCGCUGCAUCUCACGGCGCACGGACCCGACCACUGCUGCCAGGUACUCACAUCAUUCAUACCUACCACCUGGCGGGGCUGCGCCUCUACCGCGCGCCGCUGCUGUCCGCAUACACCGCGCUGCAUCUCACGGCGCACGGACCCGACCACUGCUGCCAGGUACUCACAUCAUUCAUACCUACCACCUGGCGGGGCUGCGCCUCUACCGCGCGCCGCUGCUGUCCGCAUACACCGCGCUGCAUCUCACGGCGCACGGACCCGACCACUGCUGCCAGGUACUCACAUCAUUCAUACCUACCACCUGGCGGGGCUGCGCCUCUACCGCGCGCCGCUGCUGUCCGCAUACACCGCGCUGCAUCUCACGGCGCACGGACCCGACCACUGCUGCCAGGGCCGGGCAGGAGGGAGUGUCAGACUCUUACUGACUAA